AUGGCAUCAAGUCUGCUACCUAUUGCAGUUCCGAGUACACGAAUGCCGUCACCAGAAAUUCGGCUCAGCGCCAACAGGCCAGAUUGGCGGCAAGACAGAAUGAGGGCGUCUUCAGCCGGUCAGGAGCACUUACCGCUGGGGCCAGAAGCUCGCGACCAAUCCACGUGGAGAGAAGGCAUAAGGUCUGGGGAUCACAAUUUGAGGCCAGUUCAGGCAGCUCUCCACGAAUCUUCAGAGCGAUUGGCCAAAUUGCGUCGCGAAAAUGCCCGACUGAGUCUUGAGACUGCCAGACUACAGCAAAAACUUACGGUGCGCCGACACCGGCUGGAAAAUGUGGUGAGUGGUUCUAGGAGCGGGAAGGGUUUUGAGGGGAUAAAGGAAGCAGGAGAGUUAUGUUGUUUCCACGAUUCUGCUUGGCUAAAGGGCUUUUGUUCUGGUUCGAUCCUUGGAUCACUUACAAAGUGA